GUCCCUUGUCUGAUGAGAUAUACUGUGGUCCUUAAUGCGACCUGGCUGGUCAACAGUGCAGCUCACAUGUGGGGAUGAGGCCCUAUGACCACAACAUCAAUCCCAGAGAGAACAAGUUUGUUGCCUUCAGUGCCAUUGGUGAAGGAUUUCACAACUAUCAUCACACAUUCCCCCAUGAUUAUGCUACAAGUGAGUUUGGCAGUCGGCUGAACGUGACCAAAGCAUUUAUAGAUCUCAUGUGUUUCUUUGGACUGGCCAAGGAUUGCAGGAGGGUAACUCGGGAGACUAUCAUGGCCCGUGUUAAACGCACCGGUGAUGGCAGCCACAAAAGUGGUUGAUUUGUUCAGUACAUAUCAGAAAACAAACAAAAAAAAAGUUAUAAGACAACAUAUACAAAAGCAUUUGCAGCAUUUCGUAGUGAGCAUUGAAGAUUGAUCUAUAUACACUCUCAUUUUAAAUAAAAUCUCUAGAGUGUGUUGGA